GGCCAAUCUCCAAUCUGUUCAAAUCUUGAAGGCCAAUCUGCGGGACCUGAAACAGAAGUUACUUGGAAGCACCUCCCAAAAAUUGGUCGAAUUAGAAGCCCACGAAAUAGGCACACAAAAAACAAGGCUUACUCUGAAGAGAAAGCUCGCAGAUUUUGAAGAAACGGCAGACAAAAUACACAACAAAAACAAACCGUUGCAGGGAGAAAUGAUCAAACUGCAGGGUCUGCUGGCCAGCAUGGUCAAACAAAGAGCAGAACUUGAUGAGAAGCGGAGGGAUGUUGAUGCUGGUUCAGAAAGAGUCAAUCAUGAGACAGAAAAGUUACUUUCAAGGAAGAAUCAAAUUGAUGCAGAUGAAGAAAGACUAGCCACUGAGAAAGAGAAGAUGGAGCAACUGCGAUCUGAGAUGAAAGCAUGGGAGGAAAACUCAAAAACCAACAUUCAGUCAGUUGAAAUCCUGAAGGCCAAUCUGCUUGACUUGAAGGAGAAGAUACUUGGAAGCAUUUCCAAAGAAUCGGUCAAGUUAGAAGCCCACGAAAUAGACACACAAAAAACAAGGCUAACUCUGAAGAGCAAGCUCGCAGAUUUUGAAGAAACAGCAGACAAAAUUCACAACAAAAACAAACUGUUGCAGCGAGAAAUGAUCAAACUACAGGGUCUGCUGGCCAGCAUGGUCAAACAUACAGCAGAACUUGAUGAGAAGAGGAGAGAUGUUGAUGCUGGUACAGAAAGAGUCAAUCAUGAGACAGAAAAGUUACUUUCAAGGAGGAAUCAAAUUGAUGCAGAUGAAGAAAGACUAGCCACUGAGAAAGAGAAGAUGGAGCAACUGCGAUCUGAGAUGAAAGCAUGGGAGGAAAACUCAAAAACCAACAUUCAGUCAGUUGAAAUCCUGAAGGCCAAUCUCCAAUCUGUUGAAAUCUUGAAGGCCAAACUGUGGGACCUGAAUGAGAAGAUACUUGGAAGCAUUUCCAAAGAAUCGGUCAAAUUAGAAGCCCACAAGAUUGGCAUAGAAAAGACAACGCUUUCCUUGAAGACCAUGCUUACAGAUGUCGAAGAAACAGCAGACAAAAUACACAACAAAAACAAACUGUUGCAGGGAGAAAUUAUCAAACUACAGGGUCUGCUGUCCAACAUUGUCAAACAAAGGGCAGAACUUGAUGAGAAGAGGAGGGAUUUUGAUUCUUGUUCAGAAAGCGUAAAUAAUGGAACAGAAAUCUUACUUUCGAUGAUAAAUCAUAUUGAUGGAGCUCAUAGCAUUUAUCCAGAAAGUGGAUAUGCUCCAAUUGUAUCCCUUCGUGACAAAGUGGGUAAAGAAAAGAGACAAAGGCUUCUCACUCAGCCUGAAUCAUUGGCCUUUAGAGGUGUUUACAUCGUAAAUAUCUCUGAAAAAGUAUGGCUGCGAAAAAUCUGGAAGGAUACAAAUAUGGAAAAGAAGGGAAUUAAUCAGAUGAAAUGCACAGGCCGUGAGAUGAAAAAACACUUGGAGAAACGGUUAAAAGUGGUUACUGGUUUUGUUCAAACAUAUUGGUUAGACAAGGCAAAGACAUUUGUUGAGAAAAAACAUUCAAAUGAAGAAUUUUUUCAAACUUGGCAAAGUAAUUCGGAGGAAAAGGAUAAAACAAAGAAGAAAAAUUGUUUGAACCAUCAGAAACUUAAAGCUGAGAUUCUCUGUGCCAUAGAGGCUCUAGCUUUCAUCAAAGAAAAGACGACUAGAGCACUGAAUACUUGUGAAUUAAGUCAAAACAAUCAGUUGGACAAGUGAGUAGAAAAUUUUGUUAUGGACUGUUUUUGUCAGCUGCAGUUUUCGUAUCAAAAAUGUCCAAAUGACCAAAAAAAAAAAAAAAAAUGGAGUGGUCUUUGACUUGGCACAUAAGAGCCUCGGCUUGUUUUUGGUCGGAACGCUACGACUUGAAUGAAAAUAUAAACACAACACUUGUUUUUGUUCUUUCUUUCAUGAUCUGGAGUAAAAAGAUCAAAAACCUAAACACUGAUGAUAGUUGAUUUCCCUCAAAUAUUGUUAACUUUUCUGUCUAAAUCUUUGUUGGUCAAAAUUUCUCCUUCAUCGACAUAAUCCAUCCCACCUCACAGAGGUGGCAUAGCAAGAUACAACAUUAUUGUACAGGUGCCCCUGAGGCUGGCCACAAUGAAAGGCCACUGUGAAAUGUGCAGUUUUUUCACAUGGCGCAACGUUGCAAGUUUUAAGGGAGCGUGCAAUUGGCAUGUUGGCUGCAGGAAUGCCCACCGGGACAUUUUACUGUGAAAUGAAUAGUCAUUCCACUACCAUCAUCUCCCAAGGCGUCUCAGACAAUUUGUGAUUACAACCGCAGACCAUGUGUAACCACACCAAGCUAAGAUUGUCCUUGUGGUUGUCCUUGCCUGGACUCCCCUCUAGAGUUACUUUUGUGUUACACUUUCUGUUUUACCUCUUGGCGUUAAUUCCAUUUUUGCAGGCUGGGUGUGGCAGAUCUAGAAGUACACCUGCAACUCAUCAGCAAUUCCCAUUGCUUUAAAAGGCAUGGCCUAGGCAGCAUGCAGGUGCCAGAUGCUUCUGCCAAUCACCAGUGGUCACCCACCCAGCCAAGUCCUCAAAGCUUCCUGUUUGAAAGAAGCCCCUUGCCAUGGCUAUUGUCUGACUCAUCAACACCAUCAGCAGUUCAAUCUGUUGUCUUUGACUGGAUAAAAUCCCUUAAACUCUCCAUCUGCUUCCUGGUCGCACUUUGGCCCAUGUCAGCUUCACCUACCCUGCCUGAACUAAUUAUCUGGCUGAAAGGAAAAUUGGACCAAGCAACUCCCAACAGUUUCCAAGAAGCUCUCGGACACCAGGGAAGUAUGCUGGAUAAGCAUGAGCAGAUGUUACAUAGAUUUGGAGAAACACUACAGACGAUUUACAUGGACUUGCAGCAGGUCAAGACCAGUGUUGUUAAUAACGGCGUUACAAUAUAACGGCGUUACUAACGGCGUUAUUUUUUUCAGUAGUGGGUAAUCUAAUUAAUUACUUUUCUCAUCUUGGCAACGCCGUUACCGUUACUGAGGACGGAAAGGCAUGCGUUACUAUGCGUUACUAUAUUGGUCGAAAAGUCUGAGGGAGACGGACUCACCGAGACGACAGAGCAGAGCAGGAGCAGGGAGGAGGCAAGAAAGUUGUGACGCCGAGCAAACGCGAUGCUAGGUAGCUCCAAUAAUACAUGUUGUAGCCGAUAGCCGACAAACUACGGCCGCAUGUUAUGGUAGAUAUGGUAGACAUGGUAGAUAUCACAUGUACUGUAUAUAGAUAUAACUAGAUGCAAAAUGACAGACAUGGCACUAAAUGCGUUAGUAGACAGCCGCCAUCUUAAAGCAGUAGGCUUUUUAGGACGGCUCUGUUGUAGAGAACCUUCCUAGCGAACCUAAGUAACUUUUUAUCUAAAAUACUUCUAAAUCGGCAAAAUCUUGACUUGAAUCUAUCUUUAAAUGAUGAAACAGUUUUAAAACUUUCAUAUGUCGAAAGUAGAGAGAAGGGAACUAAUGCAAUAAUGGGAGCAAUUUUAACAACUUUUAACAGUUGAUUCAGGGUAAAGGGUAAAUUAGGGUAAAGAAUUGGGCUCGGGCCAAUUGUACCAAAAACCUCCACAAAAAAACUUCACAUAGUGUGGCCAAUGUUUUUUUUUUUUUUUUGGAAAAAAAAAAGUCAUUAUCACCAAUUACUUUGCCAAGUAACUAAUUACUCUUACAUUCAGGUAAUUGAGUUACAAACACAAUUACUUUUUGGGAGAAGUAAUUUGUCACUAUAAUUAAUUACUUUUUUUCAGUAAGAUUAACAACACUGGUCAAGACACAGCACUGGCAACCACCACAAAGACCUCCACAUCUAGCAUGUUCAUCUCCAAGAUGAUCUGAGAUCUGCUGGGUAUUGCAGCAAUUGGUUUUCAUGAGCAAUUCAUGUCUGUGCAUACUGUCAAAAACAUUCUCAGGCAAGCUCAUGCAUGCUCCUCGUGCUCAUCGAGAUUGCAACCUGACAGCAGUUUGUUACAGUUACAGAUUUGAGUGGGUGAAUGCUCGCAUAUAAAUUGGACAUAUGAUAAGACAUUCUUUCUGUAUAUGUGUACUUGCAAAUUUGGACGCAACAAUACAAAAAGUACACCCACAACAUUUUUCAACAAAGUCACCGUGUUUUUCACUACACUUGCACCGUUGUUGCACAAGGUUUCUAAUGCCUUCAUUAAGUUUUUGAUUGAGCAGCAGGCAACGUAUGCACCGCCUCCUUCACCUGUUGAUUUGGUGGCGAAACGACUGCGGCUAAAGCAUCUUUAAGCGGACUGAAAAGAUGGUAAUCCGACGAGGCGAGAUCAGGACGGUAUAGAGGAUACUCAAACACUUUGAAAUGUGUGGGCAGCAAUAUGUAAAUGAACAUUGUCAAGCAAAUAAGGAACACCUUCUGAGAAUAGACCUUGGUUUGUUGCAAAUGGAUGACUUCAGCUUGUGCCUCUACACUUGUCCGACCGCUUUUGAACUGUUUCAUCCACUGGUAAACACUGCGCCGUGGUAAAACAUUGCCCCCUUACUGUACUGAAAGUCUUCUAUAGAUUUCAGUUCCUGGUACACACAAAAUGGAUUACACGUCUCUGUUCUUCUUUGGUAUAAAUGGAGAGUUGUGCAGCUAUCGUUUCAUCCCAACGAUGCAAAGUGGCCUGAGGUGAUAACGUAGAAAUUUACCACAAGGAAGGUGGCUUGCGCCAUCUAGAAGCUGACAUAUCAUGCAAAGCCUUACAGCCAAUAUACACGCAAUUAAAGUAAGAGUGCAGCUACGUAUUGACUUACUCUCGUGUGUGUGUGUGUUUGUGUAUUUAUACUACAUAUAUACAUAUAUUUGUUUUUUUACUUCCCUGGUCUACCUUCAGUUAUAUUUUAGUGGUUUUAAAAUCGAACUUGUUUGUCUUCAUGUAAUAAACCUUUUGAAAAUUUGGAAAUUGUCCUGUUGUCUUAAUAAAUGAAAAUGGCUGAAAGUUGGACUUUUUCCUCAUAUAAUUCCGUGCAGAUUGUGGGUUUUUUUGCGUGCUUUUUUUUUUAUUAGAUUUUUUUUAAACUGGUUGUUCUAAAGAUUCUGGAAUGCAAAUAUAUGAAACUAAAGGGUAUUUAAACAUUAAAUGUUUCACCAGAAUAAAAUCAUUGGCUGCUAUUGACAGCAACAGAUGCUUUAAAACAGUUUUUCCAAUUGCCACAGUAUUUUGGUCAAAUUACUACUUAAAACACUGACAAUAAUGAAACAGGUCAA